AUGAAUAGCUUUGGUGUUGUAUAGAAAAAUGUCCUAACUCAAUUUAUACAAGGACAGCCAUCUCCUUAACAAGAUAAAAAAUAUAUUCCUGAUAAAUUUAGUCCAGACAUGAUAAGUGUACAGAAUUUUAAUAUGUAUCCCUUUUCUGCUUUUGGUUUCGUAGAAGUAAUGCUAAAGAAACCAUUUAAUAAAUCUCCACAAAGACAAUCUCUAACUUCUUCAAAAAAUCUAAUGUAAAGAUAGUCAAAUCAGUUUAGUAAGUCCCCUAUGAGGUAGUCAAUAUAUUCUAGGGAAAGCAUUAUUAAGGAAAGAGAUGAAUAAGAGGAUGAAUUAGAGAAAAAGGUUCUUUAAGAACCUACAUUGUUAACUGGUAUAUUAAUAGGCCCUCAACAUCUUUUGGUCUAGUUAGAUAAUACAGAAAUCUUAAGUAAUGACUUAAAGGUAACAAUAGGAUCAUAUGGAAAAGUUAAUGUAGUAGAAAUACUUAGAAGCAAAUUUUUGGCUCUAAAUAGGUUUGUAGUCUUACUUUUAGAUAGGCAAGUUGGAAUAGAAAGAGGAUAUGUCGGCCUAAUAUCUAAUAAAAGAACAUUUAAUAAUAAAUAUUUCUACUCUCUUGACACCAUAGUUGAGUCAGAUGUUUAAAUUAAGAAAACUGGUAUUGUAGUAGCAGGUUUUAUCAAGAAUUAAUAUCAUGCCAUGCAAUUGAUAUAUAAUCAAGUUAGCGAUGUGAUGGGAGGAGUUCUAGUCAAUAUUAAUGUAGAUAGAAAUAAUUUAAGCAGAGAUGCAGAAAAUUUUGCAAGAAAUCAUUGGCCUUUGCUAGUAAACGAUCCAGAAGCAGGAUAUUGUGUUGCUGGUUUUACUCAAGAAAUCAAUUCAAAAGGUUUAAAAAGCAUUUUAAUUAACUCUGAGCAAUUCAAUCAAAUAGUAAUUUUCACUCAAAAUUAUCAACCACAAGACAUCCUUAGAAUACCUUGUUGCGCUUAAUUGAGUGAAGAUGAAUACAAAGUAGAUGUAAAAUCUAUAAAAGCUCAUAGAAAAUCUAUAAAAAGUGUUGUUCGUAUUAAUUACAGAUUGAUUGCUUCUAUUGAUAGCGAAAAAAAACUCAAAAUUUGGCAGAUUGAUUCAAAAAAAGUAUAUUCCGAAAUAGAUUUAUCAUCAAGUCCAGGAUGCAUAGUAGCCGAUAACAGAAAUAUUUAUGUUUGUCUAGAUGACAAAAUUUAAGUAUGGGAUUGGCAACUUAAAUAAAUUACUCAUGAAAUUGAAUGCUUUUAUCCAAUCACUCACUUAAUUAAGGUCAAUAAAAAAUAUAUGGUUACAGCUGAUGCUGGUGGUUAGAUCAUAAUUUGGAGGAAUAAUGAAGUAAGUAAAAUUGUUUUUUAACCCAACUAAUAGAUUGAUUAGGCUGAUGUGACAAGUAUGGUUUUAUUUAAUGAGAAGUUUGUUGCAGCUGGUUUUUCUAAUGGAAAAAUAAUAACUUUCGAUAUCAGUUAAGGUGUGUAAAUGAGGGUCAUUGAAAAUGGUCACUUUGUUAGAGGUAGACUGAAUUAGGUUAAUAGCUUAGUUGUUUUCAAUUAAGAAUAUCUUAUUAGUGGGUGUUCAGAUUAAACAGUAAUUAUCUGGGAUUUAAGCAAUGAAUAUAAAAUACUUAAGAAAAUGAAAUUUGAUGGAUAAAUUCUUUCAAUUUCUUCAUUAAAUGAAAAAGAAAUGCUUAUUGCUCAUGGCUGCCAUGUUACAGUAUAUAAUAUGUCUACUGAUAAGACUUUUAAUCUUACUUAGGUAUACGAGCCUCAUUCUGAAUUAGUAAUAAAUUGUACAGCUAUAGAUCAUGAAGUCUUUAUCACUGCAGAUUUAGGCGGUACUAUUAGACUAUGGAGAGUCGAUAAGGUUUUAGAUGAAAUUUACGAAACUAUCUCCUUGGAAGAAUUGCAGAAGAUCUCUGAAUAACUCAAAGAACCUAGCAACUACAACUACUUUUUUUUUAGAAAUUUUAUACAAUUUUCUCAAAUACCCUAACUUUAAAUAUAGCCUAUGAGUUAAAAAGAGAAGCAAUUAAAAAAUGAAAUUGAAUAACAAAAGUUGAUCUAACAAAAUUUAAUGCAAGAGUUGCAGUAGGUUUAUCAAAUUUUGAAAAAUAGAGAAUCUGAAUUACAGCAAAAGACCAGUCAAAUAGAAAGACUUACUGGAGAGCUUGACUCUUUGAAUAACAAACAAUAUCAAAAAAAUAGUAAAUAGCAAGAAUAAGCUGAACAAAUCUAAAAAUUGUAGCAACAGGUAAGAGAUCUGACGAGCAACGAAAACAAAUUAGUUAAAGAGCUAGAGUAACUAAGAAAGAAGAGCCAAAGCAAUUUAGAAGAAAGCAUUUAGCAAUCAAAAUCUAAAGAAAGACUUACUUAUAUCAGCAGCAAUGGAAAAAACUCAUAAAAUAUAGAUUAAUUGCAGAAACAAUUGAACUAAUUAAGUAGUACCAUAGCCAAAUUAGAAAAUGAAAAUGAUAGGCUUAAGAAGGAGUUCAAUAGCAACGAACAAUAAGUAAGAUAAUUUUAGCAAAGUCCCAGCAAAUCUUAUAAUAACAAGGGCUCAAACGAUUAAUAUCUUACUAACUUAGAAAUGGAAAAUAACAAGUUGAGAACCUAAAUAAGAAAUCUAGAGUAAGAAUAGCAGCAAUUUUAAUAAAAAUAGAGUAAUGAAAGUAACCAAAGAGAAGUUUACAAAUCUCCUAUUAAAUCAUAGAGACUAAGCUAAAAUACAGUUCCUAAAUCACCAAUAAUUGAUCCUAAAGAAGAAGAAAUAAAUAGGCUAAAACUAGAACUCACAGAGUAAGAUUCAUAAAAUAAACUACUAGCAUAGUAAUUGGAAUCUUACAGAUUAGAUUUAAUAGAAAAAAAUAAUGAAAUUGAAGAGAUGAAGAACUCAGUUCAAACAUUAAAAGACAGCUUUAAUGAAAUUUAAAACUUAUAAUAAAAGAAGCACAAAUUAGAUCUCAAGUAAAAAGAAAAAGAAAAAGAGGAGAUUAUUUCAAUCUUAAAUGAACAAAGAUAGUAAAAUUAGAAACUAAUGAAGACACUCGAAAGCACAAGAGAGCAACACAUUAAAAACUUGUAAGAAUCAAAUAAAGAAAGAAGAUAAAUGUUAGAAAAUCAGAAUGUUUAAUCAAACAUACCUAAUUUCAGCAGCAGCAAUUAGUACACGAAUGACUUGAAUAAAAAUAACUCAUUUAAUUCAAGAGUUAAUUAUCAACAAGAACCAAUAUUAUCAAAUAAUUAAGAGAAUUUAAGUAGCUGGUAAACUCCUUAAGAUAUUCAAAGCUGUAAAAAAGAAUUAUAAAUGGUUUAAGACUAGAUUCAAUCAUUGAAGAAAUCCAUUCUUAAUUCUAGUAACUCAUAAAGUGAUCUCUAGCUUUCAUCUCAGAAGAAUGCGAAACCCUAGAAAUAUAAUGAGCAGUAACAAGAAAAACAGAACAAUAAUAUAUCAGAAAGAACUGCUCAGAAAAAAUAAGGUGGAUUCUUAGAUGCUAACAUCUCAACACCUAUCUAAAAUAAAAAAUCUCUUUCUCCAAACAAAACAACUAGCCCAUAAAAAGAUAGAAACACAAACAAUCAACCAUAAUAAUCAUUUUCUAAAAGCAAAUCUGAAUUGUAGCAGAUUUUACAAAAUAAACUCUCAGAUUUACAGCAAGAGCUAUUAAGAAGACAAGGAAAACUAGAUAGCUAAGGAUAUAGUUUGAAUAAAUAAGAGAGAGGCAGAUCACCAAAUAUUAGUAUGAGCCCUUAAAGAUAUAAAUAAGUUAAUACAAGUUCAUCGCCUCUACCUAAGCAAAAUAUGUAUAAUCAAGGAAGCAUAAACAGCAGUGUAAUAAUAACUGGCAAUAAAAACUUGGGUGAUUUAAUUGGAAGUCCACUUAAGUUAAAUAAAUGCAACAUUGAAAUAGAUAUAUCUGCAGCAGAUGAUAAUGAAUAUGAUAUAGAUGAAAAAUACUCAUCACCAUAGAAACAAAAUAAUUAAUUCUGUUAACCAUAAGUAUAGAUUUUACUUGCAAAUGACUAAUAAAAUAAAUAAAAAAAUAAGUUUUGA